UGAACUUUGACCACUUCCAGAUCCUGCGGGCCAUCGGGAAGGGCAGCUUUGGCAAGGUGUGCAUCGUGCAGAAGCGGGACACGGAGAAGAUGUUCGCCAUGAAGUACAUGAGCAAGCAGCAGUGCAUCGAGAGGGACGAGGUCCGCAACGUGUUCCGGGAGCUGGAGAUCCUGCAGGAGAUCGAGCACGUCUUCCUGGUGAACCUCUGGUACUCCUUCCAGGACGAAGAGGACAUGUUCAUGGUGGUGGACCUGCUCCUGGGUGGGGACCUGCGCUACCACCUGCAGCAGAAUGUCCAGUUCUCUGAGGACACGGUGCGGCUGUAUGUCUGUGAGAUGGCGCUGGCCCUGGACUACCUGCGUGGCCAGCACAUCGUCCAUAGAGACGUCAAGCCCGACAACAUUCUGCUGGAUGAGCGAGGGCACGCGCACCUGACUGACUUCAACAUCGCCACCAUCAUUAAGGAUGGGGAGAGGGCGACCGCGCUGGCGGGGACCAAGCCAUACAUGGCUCCGGAGAUCUUCCAGUCUUUCAUCAGUGGAGGGACUGGCUACUCCUUCGAGGUGGACUGGUGGUCGGUGGGGGUGAUGGCCUAUGAGCUGCUGCGCGGAUGGAGGCCCUAUGACAUCCAUUCGAGCAACGCCGUGGAGUCCCUGGUCCAGCUGUUCAGCACAGUGAGCGUGCAGUAUGUCCCCACCUGGUCCAAGGAGACAGUGGCCCUGCUGCGGAAGCUCCUGGCUGUGGACCCCAAGCACCGUGUGUCCAGCCUGCAGGCCGUGCGGACUGCCCCGGCACUGGCCGGCAUGCUCUGGGACGACCUGAGCCAGAAGAAGGUGCAGCCAGGCUUCGUACCCAACAAAGGCCGCCUGCAUUGUGACCCCACCUUCGAGCUGGAGGAGAUGAUCCUCGAAUCCAGGCCACUGCACAAGAAGAAGAAGCGGCUGGCCAAGAACAGGUCCCGGGACAGCAGCCGGGACAGCCCGCAGUCGGAGAAUGACUACCUUCAGGACUGCCUUGAUGCAAUCCAGCAAGACUUCGUGAUUUUUAACAGAGAAAAACUGAAGAGGAGCCAGGACCCGGGCAGUGAGCCCCUGCCCGCACCUGAGGCCGGGGACACGGAGGCGGCCUCAGAGGACAGGGAGGGGGCGCGCCCCGCCCUGCCCAUGUGUGGCUCCCUCUGCCCCUCUGCUGGGAGCAGCUAGGCGGGCGGCCGGCCUGUGGAGACCAGGCUCCAAGGACGAACAGCGGCGGGGCUGCAGGCAGAGGCCCAGCGUCCAUGUCCCCAGCCAAACAGCCCAGCCCGUCCAGGCGCAGAUCUGGCCAUAUUUUCACUGGGACCAUCUGACUGCAGAGGCUGCUCCCUGGCUCAGUGUCGCAGUAACAAGAAGUGACUGGUGUGGCUGAGAGUGGUGGGAAAGGAGGGCAGGUGUCCCCAGCCACUGAGUUGACUGCGAUGCCGGAGGGAGGCUCGUGGCUGCUGGGCCAGGUCUGUUCUGGCGGCCCCGACCGGCUCACAUGGUGGGCACGUGCACUGGCCCUCAGCCCCCUGGCUGUGCGCAGCUCCUGUCCCUGCCCUCAAGCUUGCUGCCCAGACCUGGUGGUGGCCAGCAUGGGCUCAGAUCUUGUACAUCAAGUGGGGAGGGUCAUGGGCAGGAUGAUGAAUAGUUUUCUAGAGAUACACUAUUCUAGCACUUUCUGCUGUCUGUGCAGUUCCACCUCUGCGUAUCAUGCCUAGAACUGCUCACUGUCAAGUCUUUGCCUGCUCUGAGUGCAGCCAUGCUGGGCAGCGGGAGGCUGUGGAAUGGGCAAGAUGAGGCCAAGGGCCCCAUCAUGCUGGGCAGUGGGUGGGUGGUAAAAUCACAAGGACCAAGUGGGCACAGAUGGUGCAAAGGAGAGCUGGCUGGGCCAGGCAGAGGUGGCGUGGAGAGACUCGCUGCCCUACUCACUGAGGGCCCCAGUACAUGGGUGCCACGUGGUGAUGCAGGACCACAGCCA